AUGGAGGUAGGAGAUGCCCCAUUGUUAGGGCCAAAGUUGGUGAGAGAGACCACGGAGAAGGUGAACAUUAUUCGGGAACGUAUUAAGACUGCGCAGAGUCGUCAGAAGAGUUACGCUGAUAGAAAACGUAAAGGGGUUGCGUUGAAUGUUAGAGAUUUUGUGUUUUUGAAGGUCUCGCCGAUGAAGGGUAUCAUGCAGUUCAGAAAGAAGGAAAAGUUGGCACCUAGAUUUGUGGGACCAUACGAGAUCACUGAGAGGAUUUGUAAUGUGGCUUAUAAAUUAGCUCUACCACCUGCUUUAGCUAUGAUUCACAAUCUGUUCCAUGUAUCUUUAUUACGGAAGUGUGUACAAGACCCUUCCCAAGUAGUAUCACCAGAAGUGUUGGAGAAUAGUGACGAUCUAACGUAUGCAGUGCGACCAGUUACUAUUCUAGAUUGGGAUGUAAAGCAAUUGCGGCGCAAGGAAGUGAACUUGGUGAAAGUGCAAUGGAGCGAGGAUGAGAACAAUAUUACCUGGGAGUUAGAAGAGAAAGUUCGGCGUAUGCACCCAGAACUUUUUGUUUAG